AAUUUGAAGCUUUGGCUGUCAGUCCGGACGCAUGGUGAAGGGUGAGAAGCGGCUCUGAGCGCGGAUCUCUGCGCGGAGGACGUUUGCGUCAAGAACCAGAGCGCUUCUUCUGUAAGUCGUGGCAGCGGCGAGCGCAGAUAGAAGCGUAGCCGGGACUUCCCUCUGCGCGCCACCAAGAUCCUAUUUGGACUAAAUCGUUUAAUUUACUAAGUGAGAGCAGUCAGUUCUGACUGAUUUAUGAUAAAUCAGAGCAAAUCCAAAAGCAGAAUCACUAGUUGAAUAACUAGCGAGAGUCAAGUACCUGUCCUCCCUUUGGCUGCAUGUUUGAAGAAGGAAGCAAAGUUUGGACUUGUUUAAGUGACUUUCUGGAGUUUUCCCUCCGAAGAGCAUCGUGUUUAUGGAUCUGUGCGCACCGAGGAGACCCGGGACUUGUAGGCUGCGCUUUCACCCUUUGAUCAUGAUGAUAUUCUGAUAAAUGCCUUCAGACAGAAUUCUGCCGCGCUGAAGAAGAGAAAAGUUGGUCACACAAUUUGUGCGUAAAGAAAGACUGAACUGGAAAAGUAGGAGUCUACUUUUUUCCUUUUUUUUUAGACUGCGCUUCCUCAGACUCCUUCUGUGAUUUGAACGAGGACUACGUGUUUGGGGGAUAGCAUGGCAAUGGUAGUAAACCAGUGGCCAGAGAACAUUACUGCAGAUCCUGGCUCCCAGCUCCAGAUGUGCGGUCAGGAGCCCGGAGGGGGACCGGGGACCCCCAACGGUUCUACCCCGGGAAACGACGCACUUUCCGGGGACAAGAUUCCCAACGUGGACUGCAUGGUGUGCGGGGACAAAUCCAGCGGGAAGCAUUACGGUCAGUUCACCUGCGAGGGAUGCAAAAGCUUCUUCAAACGCUCAGUGAGGCGGAACCUCACCUACACCUGCCGGGGGAACCGAGACUGUCCCAUCGACCAGCACCACCGGAACCAGUGUCAGUACUGCAGGCUGAAGAAGUGCCUGAAAGUUGGCAUGAGAAGAGAAGCUGUGCAGCGAGGACGUACUUCGAACUCCCAGAGCAGCCCGGGCCAGUACCUGACCAACGGCACUGACCCGUAUAACGGACAGCCGUACCUGUCCGGCUUCAUCUCCUUGCUGCUGCGCGCCGAGCCCUACCCCACGUCUCGCUACGGGGCUCAGUGCAUGCAGGGAAACAACCUGAUGGGCAUCGAGAACAUCUGCGAGCUGGCAGCCCGGCUUCUGUUCAGCGCAGUCGAGUGGGCAAAGAACAUCCCCUUCUUCCCUGACCUGCAGCUUAUGGACCAGGUGGCGCUGCUUCGCAUGUCGUGGAGCGAGCUCUUUGUUCUCAACGCCGCCCAAUGCUCCAUGCCGCUACACGUGGCGCCUUUGUUGGCAGCCGCGGGCCUGCACGCCUCGCCCAUGUCUGCAGAGCGCGUUGUGGCCUUCAUGGACCACAUCCGGGUCUUCCAGGAGCAGGUGGAGAAGCUGAAGGCCCUGCAGGUCGACACGGCUGAGUAUUCCUGCCUCAAGUCCAUCGUGCUCUUCACAUCCGAUGCCAUGGGGUUGUCAGAUGUCGCCCACGUUGAAAGCAUCCAGGAAAAGUCCCAGUGCGCCUUGGAGGAGUACGUACGGAACCAGUAUCCCAGCCAGCCCAACCGCUUUGGACGCCUCCUCCUCCGCCUGCCAUCACUACGCAUAGUCUCCUCUCCGGUCAUUGAGCAGCUGUUUUUUGUGCGCUUGGUGGGGAAGACCCCCAUCGAGACAUUGCUCCGUGACAUGCUGCUGUCUGGCUCCAGCUACAACUGGCCCUACAUGCCUGCAGUGCAGCGGGAACGACCUCUCUCCCUCCACUACAAUGAGAACGGGCCCUGAGGGCUGGGAAAUGUCCAUAAACCCUUCUCACCUUCUCUGUCAUUGUCUCCAGUCCAUGUCCUCAGCUGUCCCGGUGGAAGGCUCUCCCUCACUGUUUCACUCCAAGGACACAAAACGUCUAGGUUAAAAACAAAAAGCCAGCCAAAUCCUCCUUUGUUGCCGAUCCAGAGACUUGGUGGCCUGUCGAAGCUCCAGAGUUAAUGGUCUACAUUUGAGUUGGACCCCUUCACAUGUAGGUCUGUUGGACUUGCUUCAGACCCUAAAACUGUGCGCUUGCUGAAAACGUUGCUCGGUGCUGCAAUUGCUUGAUCAGUGCUUGGUGAGAACUUAUCAAGGGCUGCCACAGCAGGACUCCACUGACAAGAGCACCAGUUUUUCAAAGUCAAACAAGAAGCCAUUAAAAAACAAAACAAAACGAUGAAAUAAAGAAACAAGCGCCAAAAUGUCUCUGGACUUUUUGGAGGACAUGUUUUAUUGUGUGUGUUUGUAUGAGCACUGUUUAUAUGGAGAGAAAACUCAAGAUUGUGUCCAUAUGUACAGUUUAUCGUUGAUUCAUAGACAUCUAAGGCAUUGUAGGGUUCAGUGGAAAAACACUCAGGUUUAGAGGGGAAGGGGGGGGGGGGGGGUUUAGACCAAAAGAUAAAUAUCAGAAGAAGACAACCUCAUCUUAAUUUUGGACUUAUCAGCAGCCUGUGCCAAAGCUGACAAGAUUUUGAAUUUGUUUGUGGCAGCAUUAGAAAUGUAAUGUCCAGUUUGUUUAUGAUUUGGCGACAUUUCUUUGGGUCCUUGAGUAGAAAGACUAACACAAAACGCACUUGCUUUCUAAAAUAGUCAGAUUGUACACCUAUUCACAAAGGCUAAACCACAGCACCGGUAGAUUGGAUUUGAUUGAAAACAUAAGUCUUAUGUGUUGAAACACUCGCUCUAAUUAUCUGAAUGAUUCUGGGGGAGUCAAGGUUAUGAUUGUCAAAAAUAAUGAGCUUUUAAACUUGGGACAUGGAAUUUGCAGGGGAGGGGGGGGUACAAAAAAGUAGCUGUACUUGCCUUAGAACAAAGAUGUUGUCACUGAGCAUUUAUCUUAUGACUGUGCCAUAAUCUCUUGUUACCUGUUAUAACAGGUAUUAUGUCAUGCCAGGAGCGGAACAUGAGCUUGCAUGAUGUUAGGAUACAACGCGUACACUGAAACGUAAGGCAGACUGGCGUUUCUUUAUGCAAUUAGUUAACGAAACUAAUUAAAAUGCUCUGCUUUUACAUAAUCAGCACUUGGAGUUUUUCAAACUUCAUGGAAAUUAUUUUCCACGUCCUGGCUAUAGUGUUGUCUAGAGAGGAGCCCCCUAAACUCACGUCAAUUGAGGUCAUUAUGAGGAUACUGUAGCGUAAAGAUUCACUAACCCUUACAACAUCAGUCUCAGUUACGACAUAAUCUUUGUUGUCCUUAUGACUGCCUCUUAGAAUAGGACUUUUUUUUUUGUUUUUUGGUUAUUUUUCCCCUCCUUCUUGGUGUAUUGUUUGUGUCACAUUUCCAACAAGACUCCAUAGCAUCAACUUCAAGUAUCUGUGUUGGAAAAAGCCAUAAAGGACCUGAGGAAGCAGUCCGUUGGUAAAGGAAUUCACAAAAGGUUUCUAUGAGUUUGAUUUGAUCCAUCCCACUUUUGUUUGAAUUUAUGGACUCUACGUUAAUUAAAAAUAAACAUUUGUUCACGCAAA